CGAAAGUACAGCCAUCACAAUUCAAGGAACAGCCAGCCAACACCACCGCCACCGUCAUGCCCACUGCAAACACUUGGACGCCGUCAUCGUGGAGGAAGUUCCCCAUCAAGCACCAGCCUCCGUAUCCCGACGAGAAGCAUCUGAAUGAUGUCGUGGACAAAUUGAAGGGUCUGCCCCCGCUCGUGUCAGUGCAAGAAGUGGACCGACUGCGUCUUCAGUUGGCUGAAGUCGCGGAAGGCAAGCGCUUUGUCUUGCAAGGCGGCGACUGUGCUGAGAGUUUCAGCGACUGCCAGUCAGACAUCAUCGAGAAGAAGCUGCGCAUCAUGAUGCAGAUGAGUCUCGUGUUGGUGUGGGGUGCGCGCAUGCCUACCACUCGCGUGGCGCGGAUGGCCGGACAGUUUUCCAAGCCUCGCUCCCAAGCGACCGAAGUCAUCGACGGAGACGAAGUGUGCACAUUCCGCGGCGAAAACGUCAACGGCUUCCACAAAAACGAACGCACGCCCGACCCGAACCGUCUCUUGGAAGGGUACUUCCACAGCGCCGCCACGCUCAACUACGGCCGCCUCCUCCUCGACAACGGAUUCGCCGACAUCCACGACGCCGCCAAAUGGGAGCUUGGGUUCGUCCAGAACUCUGUGCGCCGCGAGGAGUACUCUCACAUGGUCGAGGCCAUCCAGGACAGCCUGCAGUUCGUGCACACGUGCGGCGUCGGGGCCGACAACAGCCUCAAGACGAUGGACUUGUUCGUGUCGCAUGAAGGAUUGGGUCUCGGCUACGAAGAAGCCAUGACGCGGGAAGUCAACGGCCAGUAUUACAACUUGGGCACGGACUUUUUGUGGAUUGGCGACCGCACGCGCCAACUGGACCAUGCGCACGUCGAGUACUUCCGCGGCAUCGCCAACCCCAUCGGGGUCAAGGUCGGUCCGUCCACGCCACCUGACGACCUCGUCGAGCUCGUGCGCACGUUGUGGCCUCACCCAGAGCUCACGCCGGGGAAGAUCACGCUCAUCACUCGAUAUGGAGACGACAAGGUGGAAUCGCUGCUGCCGCUGCAUAUUGCCGCCAUCCAAGCGGCGGGCCUCAAGGUCGUGUGGUCGUGUGACCCCUGCCACGGCAACACGAUCACCACGCCCAACGGGUACAAGACGCGUCCAUUUGCUCGGAUUUUGUCCGAGGUGCAGCAAACGGUGAUGAUCCAUCAGCGCAUGGGCAGCUACCUUGGCGGCGUGCACAUUGAACUGACGGGCGAAAAUGUGACAGAGUGUACGGGGGGGCCGGAGGGGCUGAGCGCGGCGAACCUCCCCGAGCGCUACACGACCAUGUGCGAUCCGCGGCUCAACUACAGCCAGAGCAUGGAAGUGGCGUUCCUCUUGUCCAAGUACUUGAAGAACCAGCACAAGAAGCCACAAGAGACCAAGUAAACAACACACCUAUGUGUGAUAGUACUUCGUGCUUGUUUAUAGUGUGCAUUUGCCUCAAAUGGCUGUGUUUUAAUAUAAUGCACAUUUGGUUUGGCCAAUGAGAGUCA